UGUUGUCUCCUUCGCUACUACUUCCGGCUGCCUUGCGCAAGCUCACAUCGUUGCAGAAUGCGGAUUUAGAAGCUAGCAAGAAUAGCUAGCCACUAAGCUAAAAACAAGGUUCUCGUUGUAAGGCUUCAAACGGGUAAAAAUGUCCAAAACACACGCACAACCCCCGUCGUCUUCGGCGGCGACGACGACCGGGGGACCCUCUUCGUCCUCUUCGUCUUCGCCCGCUGGGGGCUCGACAUCUCCCGCAACCGUGUUGAACGUGCAGCCCGAGAAACCUCAACAUUACACUUAUCUGAAGGAGUUCCGAACUGAGCAGUGUUCCCUGUUCGUACAGCACAAAUGUACACAACACAGGCCAUUUUCCUGUUUCCAUUGGCACUUCCUGAACCAGCGGCGGCGCAGACCCAUCCGCAGGCGGGACGGCACCUUCAACUACAGCCCAGAUGUGUACUGCACCAAAUAUGAUGAGGGGACGGGCACCUGCCCGGAUGGAGAUGAGUGCCCAUUUCUACAUCGGACAGCCGGUGACACAGAGCGACGGUACCACCUCCGCUACUACAAGACGGGAUCGUGUAUUCACGAAACGGACGCAAAAGGCCACUGUAGCAAAAACGGCUCCCACUGUGCCUUUGCCCACGGAUCACACGACCUGCGCAGCCCUGUUUAUGACAUCAGAGAAGUGCAGGUCAUGGAGUCUCAGGGAGGCUCGGGGCCCACAGAGGGAGGUGGAGGAGACGGGCAGUCGGGACAGGCAGCGAGCACAGCCCUCAUUGAGAAGAUACUGAGUGAGGAGCCACGCUGGCAAGAUAACAACUACGUGCUGUCACACUACAAGACGGAACUCUGUAAGAAACCACCCCGCCUGUGCCGCCAGGGCUACGCCUGUCCGUACUACCACAACAGCAAAGACCGGAGGCGCAGCCCGCACAAGCACAAAUACAGAGCGUUGCCAUGUCCAGCCGUCAAACAGAGUGAGGAGUGGGGCGAUCUCAGUAAAUGUGAGGGAGCAGAGGGAUGCCAGUAUUGCCACACAAGAACAGAACAGCAGUUCCACCCAGAGAUCUAUAAAUCCACUAAGUGUAAUGACAUGCAGCAGUGCGGCAGCUGUCCCAGAGGACCCUUCUGUGCCUUUGCUCACGUUGAAAGGCCCUUCGUUCCAGAGGAGCCACCAUUCCCCACGCCUAGCUCCCCUCCACCCCCCAGGCCUCCAGACCCUCUUCCUGCUCAGGAAGCGUGUUCGAGCCCCAGCAGACACAACAUGGGUCAUAAUCCGGGUUGCAUCUCGGACGCCUUCUCCCCGCCUGCGGGGUCAUGCGUGGCGGAGCACGGCCUGCUGGGUAGUGUUCUGUCUCUGUGCGAGGAAAUAAGUGAAAGGGCGGAGCCUCUGUCUCCUUGGGCCGGAGGGUACGGCAGGGCACCGGGGUUUGAGAGGGAGGAUCAGGCGAAGCAAAGAAGUUUUGCUCUCGAGCAGCGCAACAGGGAUUUGGCAACAGGACAAAGCAAACAGGACUUGUUAGUGUUUCUGCCCGUGGGGAGCCCCUUGAGUCUGUCCUCCAGCAUCCCUUCCAGUCUGGCCGCCACCCCGCCAAGCCCCGCCCCUCUCGGACCCCCGGGAUCCGGCAUCCCCUCGGGCAUGAACGCCAACGCCUUGCCCUUUUACCCCUCCAGUGAGACCGUGGAGUCAGUUGUUGAGUCAGCCCUGGACGAUCUGGACCUGAAUGAUUUUGGCGUGUCGGUGUUGGAGAGGAGCUUGGAGAGCAGCUCUGCUCUUCCCGGUGUGGGAGUUAUGUCGGGAGGAAGCCAAUUUCAGAGUUCUGCCCCGGUCAAUAUCCCCGGCUCCUUUAGCAGCUCUGCUCCUUUUUGCUCCCCAUCGCCGUCUCCCCCAAUCCGACCGCACACGUCACCGUUCUUUUCUAGUCACCUGUCGCAACCUGGCCAAUCAGAAAGCACCUUUUUGGGACCGUCUCACAGCUCUUUAGGUCUGAAUGGUAUGAGCACUAAUAUCUGGGAGCAUUUUCCAUCCGGCCAGGGUUCCCCUGGUACACCCCCCACCCUCCUGCCCUCUGGCCCCAGCGCAGAAACCUCCAGGCUCAAGCAGGAGCUGGAGGAAGCUCACAGGGCACUGAAGCAGUGGGGCCACAGCUGGAGACACACAGCUCAGGUAGUCGUGGGCCGCGUUGAAAGCCGACGCGGAGGAGUCGCGAGCCCAUGCGGCGCGGUUAACCGCCGAGGCGGAGAGAGCCCGGCAGGCCGAGGAAGAGGCACAGAGACAGGCGUCUCUCCUACAGGAGGCGCUGGAGAGCCUACGGAGUGGAGACAACCCCCAUCUAGCACUGCAUCAACUCCAGCUGCUACACCGGCUGCCCCUGGAGUCAGUCCUCAGUUUGCAGGCUCAGCUCUGCAGCUGCUUACACGCUGUAGAACAGGUGGUGUACAGGAAACAGAGACAGUGCUGUGUGACGUGUGGCGAGCCGGGCUCAGUGUCCCUGACCUGUGGCCAUGGACUGCAGUGUGAGAGCUGCUCCGCCUCGACAGAGUGCCCGCUCUGCCCCGAACAGACCCUGGAGCAGCAGCUCUCCUGACCCCCCGACCCACUCGGACCACCAUAGAUUCCGAACCAGUCGAUCCCGAUUCCACAGACACCAGCCUUGGAUCUCCACCGCCAUCUGAAAUCAUGUCGAGGUCAUUUUAUAUUGUGGGGAUGACACGGGCGCUGGUUUGGUAUUUUGUAUUUUUAAGAUGACGUUUACUGAUGAAUGACCGACACAGGUCGCUAAGUGAAAGCUCUUAAUGUGGAAUUUAGAAUUAAUAAUUUUUCUAGUGGUUACCCGCGGACCACCAUUACUUUUUUUACUAAUGCUCUUGACCAGCAACACUGUUCUUUACUCCUGUUCUGGAUUUGUGAAUAUAACUUCAAGAGCCGCUGUUAUUUAUCCUCCAACCCUACCUAUAAAUAAUUUACAGACAUUGUUUUCAAUCAUAUUUUGAUACGUUUGAAAGUAUAAAUUCACCAACCUAAAGGAUAUUUCCUUGUGUUAUCGAGCUUCUGGAUAGCAUCAAAUUGAUUUGCUGUCACCUUGUUACAACAAUUGUCAAUGGCAUUUGUUUUUUGGCACUCAAAACCCCAACAUAUUUUAUAUAAAAUUACCCAGUUCGGUCUUUUUCCUGAAAUCAUGACAGUUACCCGUGAUAAUUCACGGUCCUUAUUAAACCAUAAUCCUCAGAAAACACGGUCCUCAUAAACCACAUUAAUCAUAAUCUAGAGUUUGGAGCAAUCCACAUUACAAGCCAUGUUCUACUUGAGUAUGCCCACUAACUGCAUGCCAUAUAGAAUGACGUAAACCAGUGGAUGAGAUGGAUAUGAAUGUAAAACUGCAGUGGUUUUAAUACUCGAUGGCCAGGUUGUAUUCUCUGUGGCACACUCUGCUUAGCAGUCAGCAGUGUUAUGAGCGGUCUUAACAAAAUCAAGAAGUAAGACUGAAAAAACUGAAUGUGCAUAUUCAGCUUCAUCCAGACGAUUAUCCUAUAUUGCUGAAGCCAAAAGUGGGGCCGCCAUACCAGUCAGCUGGAAGCGCUCUUCUGUUAUAAUCCUAAUUUCAUAUUUAAUUUUUUUUUUUUUUAUUACAAAGUUUUCUUUCCAGCAAAAUAAAUCGAAUAUGGUCAAUUACUGUUGAAUGACAGAAAAUAUUUAAAAAUGUAGUAAUGUUUGUUUAAAUUUACAACAGAUGGCCUCUUUUAAAACUCUCAGGUUUUCUCUAAUAUUCCUCGACCUAAACUGGAAGAGGAAAGCAUGUUAACACAAUCAAAACAAAUGUAUUCAGUCAACUUGUGUAGUCUUUGAAAUUACAUUUUUUCUUUAUUUUAAAAUUUUACAUAAAAGCUUUUUAUGUGAACUCAGAUAUUCAAACCUUUGUUAAAACCCAUUUUCUGUUAAAAGUCAUUGUCACAUUUUUUUUUACAUUGUAUGUGUGUGUAUAUAUAUAUAUAUAU